UUUAAGCCGCCUUUGGUCAUACUGUGAAAAUCUAGAUAUACUUUCUUACAAGUUCAACCAAUUUCUAGCACAAAAGCAGAAUCGAAUAUGGCUCAUUUUGUACCUAAUCCGGUCCAUAAAAACUUCUACAUCAAGGACUCGGUUGCCUACACCGAGGACCACAUUCCCGUGCGCAAGUUGUACAUUUACAAUGUUUCACCGGAGCUUAACCAAAGCAUUCUUGAGGAUUACUUCGGGACCUUUGGACUCGUUCUAAGCGUGCAGGUCUUUCGGCCCCGGAUCCAUACGACUGGCUUCCACAACCACAAACGAAAUGUAGCCAGGUACACUCCAACCUCCCUGUUGACUGGCCUCGUCUUGUACGCCGAGAAACGAGAUGCAGCUAAGGCCCUGAUCAGCGAAAUCCAUCAUGUGAACGGCAGUCAUAUUAAGGUGCUGGCCAGUGACAGCUGGCACCAGCCGGAAGCCUAUGGCAUGCCUCGAGAUCCGCCGGUGAUGCCGCCCAACACGGAGCCCCCACCGCCGCCGGCCAUCAUGAUCCUCAACGACCACUGCCUGGAGCAUAUUUUGCAGUACCUUUCGCUGGCGGAUCAGGUCCACUUCGCCAGGAGCUGCCUGCGCUUCAGGGGCGUCUACCAAAUGGCCACCCCCUUACUGCACAAGUCGGUGGACUGGUCCCAGUUCGGUGACAUGACCGUCUGGGACGUGCGCGACUUCUUUGAACUGUCCGGUUGCCAUGUACAGAAAUUGAUGGGCAAGUUGCCCAGGACCAACUCCAAACGGUUGACUUUCUUCUUGUCCCUCAGCUCGCGCAACAUGCACAAGAUCUUCUCCAGGAUGCACAAGCUAGAAACGCUGGAACUACAGUAUUCGAAUGUAAAGGACGACGAUCUCUUAGUCCUGCGAAAUCUGCGCAGCCUAAAGACGCUCAACCUAGAUGGCAAUGAUUUGCUUGUCAAGACCCUUGUCAACUUACCGGACACCAUAGAGUCGUUGUCACUUAACCAGUGCAUGAUAAGUGGUGGCUACCUUACAACGAUUGGCAAGGUCUUUUACCAGCUAAAGGAACUUAACAUUCUUAGUCUAAGUGAAAGUUCUGUGGACUACCAAACUAUAAUUCAGGACAAGUCCUUUGCCUUUCUGGAGACCCUGCGGAUCACCGUCGAAGAAGACGAGAAGUACGAGCUUGUGGCGCAAUUGCCCAGCUUGAAGCAUCUGACUAUCGUUGCUGGUCCGUUUAUCAACCGUGUGCCUCGCAUACAUCUAUUCGAGCAGCUGGUGAAGCUCAAGGCGAAGCAGUUAGAACAACUUGAAAUACGUGGUUUCAAAAAUCUGACAAGGGAAAUGCUAAUCCACAUCUCCAAGCUUGUCGGAUUACACACUCUUAUUGUUCACAGUGAUGAUGAGGACAAUCACCUGCAAUUGCUCUCUAGUCUCGUCAAUCUUAAGCAGUUCACCCUCCGACUAACGUCAAACGUAAGCGACUUGGCGGUACUGCAGUUGUUUCGCUCAUGCCGUAAACUAUACUUCCUGAAUCUAGAGGAUUGCAGACACGUGACCUUCGAGUUGGUACUCGGCAUCGUGGCACAGGUGCGCAAGGAACUGAACAACAAGGAGAUGCAUCGCAAGUUACCCAUCCAGCUGGUGGCUAGCCGCAUUCUUUAUGACGAUAUUUUGAAAAAUCAUAAUAACGUGCCCAAAGAUAUAAUCAUUGUUCGUGAACAGCUUUAAUCAUAUCUAAUAUAUAGGCGCAUAAUGCCAUCUCAAUUCUAUUCUAUAUUCUUUAACCUAACCUGGCAACGCCGCUAAGACGGCGUCGUAUUUCGUAAUUCAAUUCACUGUCAAAUAGGCUUCGCAACUGGCAAG